CAGAAAGCUGCUUGGUUGCUUUUGCAGGUUAAUCGCCUCACUUGUCGUAGCUAAUGAGUUAUUGGUGUGAAUGACCGAUUUCUCUGUAACAACCGGUACAUUGAUUUUGUUUAUCUAUUUAAUUGACAGCUAGAUACUGUUAAAUGCUAAGAAAAUGGCAAUUAAUAUAGAAAAAUAUAAAGAACCAUUAUUGGCUGCUUGGAAAGAUGUAGUGGACGACAAAUCUAAUACUAACUGGGCUCUAUUCAGCUAUGAAGGUCAGACAAAUGACUUGAAAGUUGUUGGUAAAGGUGAUGGUGGAAUUGAGGAGAUGAGAGAAGAGCUGAAUAGUGGCAAAAUCAUGUAUGCCUUCUGCAAAGUAUUAGAUCCAAAAACAAGUUUACACAAAUUUGUUCUCGUCAAUUGGCAAGGAGAAGGUGCACCUCACCAUCGCAAGGCUACAAGUGCCAACCACAUCCGAGACGUGAGCAACCUGCUGAAGGGCUUCCAUGUGACAGUAAAUGCAAGAAAUGAGGAGGAGGUUGACACUGACAUCAUCGUAGACAAGUUAUCCAAGGCCACAGCUUCAGCAUUCAGCUUUAAAGAUCGUGGAGAAACUGUAAAAGAAUCAGGACCGGUGGGUACUACGUAUAAGAGGGUUAUUCCUCAGCAAGAAAUAAAUUCUAAUGAACGUGACAAGUUCUGGCAAAAAGAAGAGGAGGAGGAAAAGAAAAGGCAGGAAGCAGAACGAAAACGCAGAGAAGAAGAGAAGAAGAAAUUAGAAAAUGAAAUCAAACAGAGAGAGAUUGAAGAAGCUGCACAGAGAGAAGCUAGGAUCAAGGAGAGGAGUAAAAGUAUAUCAGUUCUGAGAGAAGCAGAGAGGAAUGAACUGAUGAGGGUAAACGCUGCCAAUUUAGCGGAGAGAGGGAACGACAUCGAAGAUAGAGAGAAGGAGGAAAUGGAGAGAAAAGAGAGAAGUGAAAUAUUAAGGAGGCAGAGAAGUCAGGAAGCACAAGCACUGAUAUCCAAAAGGACUAUCGAUGCUCGAGCCGUAUUUGAACAAAACACCUCAGCAGGACAGCUCCACCACAGAAGAGCGUCAUACCAGCCCACCACAAACACCUCAGUUAUUUCUCCUGUGAAAGAAAAAGUGUCACCUGUUGCGGAGAAAGUCAGGUGGCCACCUGCUCAGGCUGUAGAGACUACACCAGUGCAAGAGUUAACACCUGUUCCUGAGGCUAGGGUGAAUAGUGUCAGUCAACAGAUCAACAGUAUCAGUCAGCCAGUGAACAAAGUUAUAGAAUCACAGCCCUCUAUAGUAGAGGAACUGCCUGCCACACCACAAGAAAACAAUGUUCCAGAACAACAAAACAAUGGUCAUGUUCCACAGAACAGUGUUCCAGUCAAUGGCAAUGAGGAGGCUGAAGCAAACGAUAUCGAGAGAGCACAGCCUUAUGUGGAUGAUUUGUACAUGAACAACGGAGCCGCCAUGGAAGACUAUGAGGACUUGGACCUAAGAGCUCAAGCGUUAUAUGAUUAUCAAGCAGCGGAUGACACAGAAAUCUCGUUCGACCCUGGAGACAUCAUCACGAGGAUCGACCAGAUAGAUGCUGGCUGGUGGCAAGGGAUGGCUCCUGAUGGCAGCUAUGGUCUCUUCCCUGCCAACUACGUGCAACUGUUAGACUGAGCAACAAAACUGACUGCCAUGGGAUAUCAAAUAUUGCUUGGUCUGGAACCACUUAGAUUGGUGCAAUACUUACAACAGACUGCAACCUGAGCUAGUCUAAUCUUCAAUCUCUGCUCCGCUCUGCGCGCUCAACCUGACCCUUGUUACAUCACAGUUUCCAUCCUUGGUGUUCUAUAACAUUAGAAAUGUAAAUUUUAUAAGUUCUUUUUAUAAUUAUGGUUUUAUUUUUAUUAUAUUAUUUAAUAUUUUCCUGACCUUAUAGUUAUACGAACAAAAAACUAAAUUUAGUAGGACAUUCACAUGUGUAAAGUGUAGUAAAAUAUUUCCUUUGAUCUUGACCUCCCUCUAAACUUCAAUUAUAUAUAUAUCUUUUAUUAGUUUUAUCCAGACCAGUAUUAUUUUUCAAACUUCAAGCAGCGUCAAACAGAAAUAUCAGUGUCUGAUCAAAGCAUUGAACUAAUAAACAUGGAUAUUAAUACUUCUUUUAAGUAAAGUUUUGUACUUAG